CACUAUGCAGUUGUUCCUUACAUAGAUAAGGACUGUCUCCUUUACAGGAGAAAACAAAUAGAACUGUAUGCAGAGGCGUAGCUACAAUCCAGGACCCUGCUUAUUCAACCAGCAGACAUACAAGUGCUCACUGGAGUUUGGAACUGCUGGGCAACAACAAUAAUCACACAUUUACAAGAUUGAAUCAACGUUUAGCUUAAACAUGGAUGAACCCUAUAAAAAGAAGCAUGUGAAUAAAUAUAAAAUAAUCUCUGGGGUUCUCCUUGUUGCGUUGGUGGUUAUGUCACUUGGAUUAGGACUUGGCCUAGGAUUGAAAAAGGACACAAAAGAACCUGACAGACCAUCAUUGUCAUGCAGACAAAGAUGCUACAAUACAGAAAAUGUAAGGGAUGGUGACUGUCACUGUGAUUCCCAGUGUACACAACAAAAGAACUGCUGUUUUGACUUUGAGGAUCUGUGCAUUAAACCAAAGGAGGAAUGGACAUGCAGUAAGGCACGAUGUGGAGAGACUCGGCUUGAAGGAAGUCAUUGCUCAUGCUCAGAUGACUGCAUAACAAAAAGAGAUUGUUGUACAAAUUACAAUGGUGUUUGCAAAGGAGAAACUCUUUGGGCAGAAGACACCAACUGCUCCAGUGAUGCAGCUCAAAAGUGCCCUGCAGGCUUUGAUCUGCCUCCUGUUAUCCUUUUCUCAUUGGAUGGAUUUCGAGCUAAUUAUUUAGAUACAUAUGCUGACUUGAUGCCAAAUAUAAAAAAACUGAGAAAUUGUGGAACACAUUCUAAGUACAUGAGAGCGGCAUACCCCACAAAGACAUUUCCCAACCACUACGCACUAGCCACUGGGUUGUUUCUGGAGUCGAGUGGCAUCAUUGACAACAAUAUGUAUGAUUAUAACUUGAAUAAGAUGUUUUCUCUCUCUGGAAAUGAGAAAUUUAAUAGCUCCUGGUGGGGAGGAGAACCGAUUUGGUUGACAGCUAUGUACCAAGGAUUAAAAGCUGGCACUUUUUUUUGGCCCGGAUCAGAUGUUCCCAUAAAAGGUUCUUACCCUACUUAUUACAGACUGUACAAUGGCUCUGUUUCCUAUGAAGAUAGAAUAGCUUCUGUACUAGAAUGGCUAGACCUUCCAAAAAAUGAAAGGCCAGACUUCUAUACUUUGUAUAUUGAGGAGCCAGACUCGUCAGGGCAUUCUUUCGGUCCAGUAAGUGGAGGGGUGAUUCUUGCUUUGUUACGUGCUGACAGAACAGUGGGGAUGUUGAUGGAUGGACUGAAGCAAAGGAAUCUACAUAACUGCGUGAACAUGAUUUUGGUUGCUGACCAUGGAAUGGAGCAAACCUAUUGUAAUCAGCUGGAGUACAUGACCAAUUACUUUGAAUCAACAACUUCCUUUUGGCUGUAUGAUGGACCAGCAGCUCGCAUGCGGGCAUACAGAGUCCCACAAGACUACUUAACAUUUGAUUCUGAAGGAGUUGUGAAAAACCUUACAUGCCGAAAACCGGACCAGCAUUUUAAGCCUUACUUGAAGCAAGACCUACCUAAACGAUUCCACUAUGCCAACAAUAUACGUAUUGACAAAGUUAAUCUCUAUGUGGACAGACAGUGGCUUGUUGUGAGGGACAACACCUAUACUUUCUGUGGAGGAGGAAACCAUGGAUAUGACAAUGAGUUCAAGAGCAUGGAGGCAAUCUUUAUAGGACACGGCCCAGGAUUUAAAAAGGAAGUGGAAGUGGAACCUUUUGAUAAUAUAGAACUUUAUAAUUUGAUGUGUGAUCUAUUAAAAAUCAACCCAGCUCCUAACAAUGGGACUCAUGGCAGCUUAAACCAUGUACUAACAGAACCAUUUUAUAACCCAACUCAUGUGCUAGAGAAAUCAAGCCCUUCAACGUGUACCUUUGGUGUGCCAUCUUCCAACUUAAGCUGUUCAUGCAAUCAUCUGGGUGAUGAAUCAGUCCUAAAUGCAAGGUUAAACCUUGAUGAGAACAGCAAAACUCAGUCAAAUGAAAAGAACCUGCCAUACGGCAGACCCAAGAAUGUGUAUGAAAACAGUACAUACUGCCUCCUUCACCAGCAUGGAUAUGUGAGUGGAUACAGCCACGAUAUCUUGAUGCCACUUUGGACAGCCUACACUGUGGAAGCAAAGGGUGAAGGCUCUUCUCUUCCUCCUACACUAACAGACUGUCUGCGGCCUGACGGUAGAGUCCCAGAGGAAAGCAGCCAGAAAUGUUCAGACUACAAGCCAGGGAUGGAUAUUACCCACAGCUUCCUCCAUCCUCCCAACUUCAACAACAGUGAAGUUGAACAAUAUGACUCUCUUAUCACAAGUAACCUUGUUCCCAUGUACAACGAAUUCUUAAGAAUCUGGGACUACUUGCACAAUGUAUUAUUGCUAAAAUACGCUAAUGAAAGAAAUGGCCUGAAUGUGGUUAGUGGGCCAAUAUUCGAUUACAACUUUGAUGGACAUAUUGAUGCACCUAAGCAAAUCCAAAAAUAUGUAGAGGGCACAAAGAUUCCCAUCCCUACUCAUUACUUCGUCGUACUCACCAGCUGCAAGAACACUAUUUACACUCCAAUCAGCUGCAGCGGUGAUCUUGACGUUUUGUCUUUCAUCAUUCCUCACAGACAAGACAACAGUGAAAGCUGUGCAGACAGCAAGCCUGAAGAACAAUGGGUUGAAGAAAGACUUAAAGCACAUGCAGCUCGUGUCCGUGAUGUUGAACUGCUCACAGGACUGGACUUUUUUCAAGAAAGCAAGCCGCUUAUUACAAAUGUCUUACAACUCAAGAUAUUCUUGCCAACAUUUGAGACUGUUGUAAACUGAUUGCACCAUAAUAUGGAUGAAUAAAAAUAUAUAUUCAAAUGUUUCACUUCAAAAGUA